AUGUCUAGCAAGCGAGCCAAGGCCAAGACCAAGACCACCAAGAAGUGGCCCCAGUGGGCUAUAUCCAGUGUCACAGUGUUUGACCAGUCCCAGAUCCAGGAGUUUAAGGAGGUAUUCAAUAUGAUUGACCAGAACAGAGAUGGCUUCAUUGACAAGGAGGAACUGCAUGACAUGACAUGCUGGCCUCACUGGAGAGGCCAGGUAUUCAUGGAUGAAUACCUGGAGGGCAUGAUGCAUGAAGUCCCAGGGUCCAUCAACUUCACCAUGUUCCUCACCAUGUCUGGGGCAAAGCUGAAUGGCACAGACCCCAAGAACAUGAACCAUAACGCCUUCACCUGCUUCCAUGAGGAGGCGUCAAGCUUUAUCCAUGAGGACCACCUACAAGAGCUGCUCACCACCAUGGGUGACCAAUUCACAGAUGAGGAAGUGGACGAGAUGUGCCAGGAGGCACCCAUUGACAAGAAAGGCAACUUCAGCUAUGUGGAGUUCGCCUGCAUCCCCAAACAUGGCACCAAGGAUGAAGAGGACUAGGCUUCCCAGCUCCCAGUGCCUGGCUCCACCCCAUCGUUGCUCCCCAUGCACUCAUCUUGAUCAGCUCCAUGU